AAGUUACCCACUUUACCUAUAAAAAAAAAGUUUGAGAUUCUUUUCUCAAUGGCUUCUUCUUGUUUCCUUCGCUCGAUUCUCUUCUCUUCCCCCACCACCACCACCAACAUCCCAUCUCGAUCAGAUCCUCUCUCAGCUUUCUUUCCAAACAAUCUGACUUGUCCUAAACCCUCUCGUUUCUCCUCGUUAUCGGUUUCGUCGAUCGGGAGAGUAGGUGAGUGUGGGAGAAAGUUGUCGGAAGUGAGGAGCAUGGCUAUGAAGAAGAGAGUGGAGAUUUACGACACCGAGGAGAAUCUGGCGAUUGAUUUGGCCAAAUACACAGCGGAUCUCUCCGACAAGUUUUGCAAGGAGAGAGGCGCUUUCACUGUCGUUGUCUCUGGCGGCUCCUUAAUCAAAUCUCUCCGGAAGUUAGUAGAGGAGGUUGAGUCAAUCGAUUGGUCAAGGUGGCAUUUUUUCUGGGUCGACGAGAGGGUUGUUCCCAAGCAUCAUGAAGACAGCAACUACAAACUUGCUUAUGAUAACUUCCUUUCCAAGGUUCCGAUUCCUCCUGGCAACGUAUACGCAAUCAAUGAUUCUCUUUCCGCCGAGGCAGCAGCGGAUGACUACGAGACAUGCCUCAAACACUUGGUCAACACCAACGUCCUCCGCGUAUCUGAAUCAACCGGCUUCCCCAAAUUCGACCUCGUGCUUCUCGGUAUGGGCCCUGACGGCCACGUUGCGUCGCUCUUCCCAGGACACGGUCUCUGCGACGAGAAAAAGAAAUGGGUGGCUUCCAUCACCGACUCUCCAAAGCCUCCGUCUGAGAGAAUCACCUUCACGUUCCCGGUUAUCAACUCCUCUGCGCAUGUAGCUCUAGUGGUUUGCGGUUCUGGGAAAGCCGAGCCUGUGCAGAUGGCUCUGAACAAGACUGGGAGUGUGCCUGCGGGUUCUGUCUCUGCUGAAGAGGAACUUGUUUGGUUUCUUGAUAAACCAGCUUCUUCCAAGCUUUAAACUUUAUGAAUGUGAGAGUGUGGGACUACUCUGGUUUGGUUUGCCUUUUUUGGUUUGUUUCGUCGAGUGGUUAACUCGCUGGUUAUCUCCAUUGGGUUGAAUGCAAAUCUAAUCUGAACUUUUUUUUUGGAUUCUGCAACCAUAUGAUCGCCUGUAAUCUAAUAAGAAAAAUGUUUGGAAACCAUCUUAUUAAUGAGUUUUCUCAGAUGGAAAAUAAAUACAUAAAAUUUUAUUGUA